AUGGGGCCCACCGACGUCACCACUUCCAGCAGUGUACUGACCGUGAGCAGCACCAUCUCGACUUUUCGCAGAGUCUUCAAUCCUCGUAUCCUGCUGUGGACGGAGCCUGGCACGAAACGGCUCGUUGAAGGCACACACUUGCCAGCCUCAGGAGAAAGUGCUUUGCGGUACUGUUCCUUUCCAGUGCGAGAUUCCUUGCCUCGAGACCCGUUCGAAAACUUGCUGCUGAGCUGUUACGUUACCAAGGACCGUUCUCUGCUCGAACUAAGCGACGCCGUGGUAUUUGACGCCUCAGCCAUUCACGCCACGCUUCCUCCUGAGUUCCGGGAUCCGAGACAGGUUUGGGUUUUCUGGACGCACCGCGGCAGCGUUCCUACGAAAGAUCUCGGUACGAUGACUGCCGACUCAUUUAAUUGGACCAUGGCACGCCGGACGGAUGCCGACGUCGUCAUACCCUUCGGCAACUGGACAAUAAGUGACAAGCCUGCUUCAAGUGACUAUGUUAGGAAGGAGCAAAUCAAGAAGGGCACCGCUCUUUUCUUCACCAGUGAUUGUGAUGACGACGACACAAACCAUGUACUCAAGGACGUGAUGGGAGCCCUGGAAGGCGCGAUGAUGCACAGCUGCGGCGUCACCCAUUGUGGCUGGUUUCAGAUGUGCCUGGCCGAGUACGCGAAGGACUUCUACUUCUUGCUUGUCCCGGAGUCGUCGGGCUGCUACGAGCACCCAUUGGAGGCAAUUUACGAUGCCUUAAGGGUUGGACUGGUGCCAGUCUACUUCGGGAACAAGGAGUUGAAAGGCCUACCUGAGCAUUCGUUUGUGUAUGCGCUUGCUCUGAUGCCUUCGCAGAAUAUUACCAGCUAUCUGAAGGCGCUGAUGGACGAUCUUGACUUGUACAGUGACUUCUUCAAGUGGAAAGAAACGUACGCGCUUAGCCGCCGUGACGACCUCUGCUAUCUGUGCGACUCGCUGCGAGCCCCUUUUGAGAAGCGCAGCGCUGACGUCCUGUCCUGGUGGAAGAAGACCAACCUGUGUCCACUAGAUCACAAAUACAAUCAGGCACAUAGCCGCCCUCAUGAUGCAUACAUGCUCUGAGAAGAACGCAAGCUUCUCUUUGAUGGCCGGAAGCCUUUGAAUCUUGGAAGAGACUGCGAA